UUGUCCUGUUUGCGAGUCAAGCGAGUGUUCGUCACUUUUGUCUUUCUCUGCGGGAUUAAAAGUGACAAACAUCUUUUUGUUUCGUGCUGACAUCAUGAACUUGUUUUUAUUCUUUCUUCUGGUCGUGCAAAUGCACAGCGUGACGCCUGUGAUUCACACGCUGCAGUAUUUCUACACUGCGUCCUCUCAAGUUCCAAACUUCCCAGAGUUUGUGAGUGUUGGUUAUGUUGAUGGAGUUGAGAUUAGUUACUAUGACAGCAACAUCAGGAAAGCAGAAUCCAAACAGGACUGGAUGAACAAAAUCACAGCAGAGGAUCCAAAAUACUGGCAGAGACAAACAGAGAUCAAUGUUCGUAAUGAGUUUAAUGCCAAACACAACCUUGAAGUUCGUAAGAAGCGUUUCAACCAAACUGGAGGUGUUCACAUUUUCCAGUGGAUGUAUGGAUGUGAAUGGAAUGAUGAGACUGAUGAGGUUAAAGGUUGGUAUCAGCAAGGUUAUGAUGGAGAAGAUUUCAUAUCGUUGGACAUGAAGACAUGGACAUAUACUGCAGCAAAACCACAAGCUUUCCCUGACAAACUCAAGUUGGACCAGAACAUAUUUCUACUAGACGACCAGAGGUAUUAUUUCACUGAGGAAUGUCCUUCUUACUUGAAGAAGCAUGUGAAGAAUGGGAAGAAGGUCCUAAUGAGAACAGAGCUUCCAGAGGUGUUCCUCCUCCAGAAGACGCCAUCCUCUCCAGUCACCUGCAUGGCGACAGGUUUCUACCCCGACUUAGCCGACCUGUUUUGGAGGAAAGACGGCGAGCAGAUCUUCGAGGACGUGGAGCACGGAGAGCUGCUCCCCAACCACGACGGAACCUUCCAGAUGUCGGUGGAGCUGAAAGUGGAGGUGACGGCCGAGGUGGAGGGCAAGUACGAAUGUGUGUUCCAGCUGUCUGGCGUCAAGGAGGACCUGGUCACCAAGCUGGAGAGAAGAAGCAUCCUGAGCAACGCAAGCCAUGAAGACAACUGGAGCGUCGCCCUCGCUGCCACGGCGGCGGUCGUCGCUGUGGCGGCCGUCCUGGCGGCCAUCAUCAUCGUCAUGGUCAGGCGUCACAGAAACAGACAAGCCCAGUACGAUGCAGCUCCUCGCCACGGCGGCGUGGAGCUCUCCGAGAGGGUGGCGGCUGAAGGCUGAGAUGCUUUGUGCACUGGAACACAGAGAGAUGUCUCCAUCGCUGAGGGACGUCAUGGAGAUGUGCUUUGUUCUUCAUCCCACUGCUCCUCACGCUAUUCCAUCUAUUCUUCUUUGGCCGUUAAAAUACUUUCAACAUCAAACGUUGGUGGCUAGAAAAUCAUUCGGGGCUCACGUUUCAUGGCCUUGACAUCAUGACGAGGAUUUCUUCUUUCUUUGAAUGGCCGCUGCUUAUGAUCAAUAUCACAUUGUGUCACAUCUCUGUCAAUAAAUCCGUUUGUUCUCCA